AUGAGUGGGUGCCCCUUUGUAGGAAACAACUUUGGAUAUGCUUUUAAACCACUCUCUGCACAAGACAAUGAAGAAGACAAAUCACAGGCCGGUGUGAAUAGAGCCCGGAAAGGAGGACUUAUCUAUGGAAACUACCUGCAAUUGGAAAAAGUUUUGAAUGCACAGGAGCUUCAAAGUGAAAUAAAAGGAAAUAAAAUCCAUGAUGAACAUCUUUUUAUCAUAACUCAUCAAGCUUAUGAACUCUGGUUUAAGCAGAUCCUGUGGGAAUUAGACUCUGUUCGUGAGAUCUUUCAGAAUGGCCAUGUCAGGGAUGAGAGGAACAUGCUGAAGGUGGUCACCCGAAUGCAUCGAGUGGUGGUGAUCCUCAAACUCUUGGUCCAGCAGUUUUCUGUCCUGGAGACCAUGACAGCCUUGGACUUCAAUGACUUCAGAGAGUACUUAUCCCCGGCGUCCGGCUUCCAGAGUCUGCAGUUCCGCCUGUUAGAAAAUAAGAUAGGGGUUCUGCAGAGCUUGAGGGUCCCUUACAACAGAAGACACUACCGCGACAACUUCGGAGGGAAGGACAACGAGCUUCUGCUGAAGUCGGAGCAGGAAAGGACGCUUCUGCAGCUGGUGGAGGCAUGGCUGGAAAGAACCCCAGGUUUAGAGCCGCAUGGAUUUAACUUCUGGGGAGAGCUUGAAAAGAACAUUGUCAAAGGUUUGGAAGAAGAAUUCAUGAAGAUUCAGGCUAAGGAAGAGUCAGAGGAAAAGGAGGAACAAAUGGCUGAAUAUCAGAAGCAGAAAGAGGUAUUACUGUCCUUAUUUGAUGAGAAACGUCAUGAGCAUCUCCUUAGUAAAGGAGAAAGACGGCUAUCGUACAAAGCACUUCAGGGGGCCUUGAUGAUAUAUUUUUACAGGGAAGAGCCCAGGUUCCAGGUCCCUUUCCAGCUCCUGACUUUCCUCAUGGAUGUGGACUCACUCAUGACCAAGUGGAGAUAUAACCACGUGUGCAUGGUGCACAGGAUGCUCGGCAGCAAGGCGGGCACCGGCGGGUCCUCUGGGUACCAGUACCUGCGCUCCACCGUGAGUGAUAGGUACAAGGUAUUUGUAGAUUUAUUUAAUCUCUCAACAUAUCUGGUUCCCCGACACUGGAUUCCGAAGAUGAACCCAGUCAUUCAUAAGUUCCUUUACACGGCUGAAUACUGUGACAGUUCUUACUUCAGCAGUGAUGAAUCAGAUUAA